AUGGAUGACGAUGCUGUGCUCAUUGCUGAGCCAAGGGAUUUAGUGCAGGGAUCUUUGUUUAAAUCUGAACCCGAAGAAAUUGACAUUUAUUUGGGUGAAUUGGCUUUGGGAGCCCUGCAGUGCUUAGACGAAUUGCUAAGUAAAAAAGAAAUUCGGCUUUUGGAAGUACUUGAUUUGCGACAAAAAUGCCAUCGCCUUGUGGAUCUCACAAAAAAAGUUCAGAACAAUACACUCCAAUUGGAAGACAUGUUUGUAGGUCUUACAGAGGUAGAAAAACGCAUAGCUAGCGCCCUUCGCCGUCGCGAUGAGUUUCCGGACGGUUUCAAUUCAGAGGCAGACAACUUACGCAUACAAAUCAUUCGAGCCUCCAAUGACGCCAUGGAGUCCGACCACAAUACUGAAGUAUUGACCUAUCAAAUUGCCCUCUUGGAAGAAGAGAAGAAGCUAUUAAUCAAAGAAGCAGCUGCCUAUCCAAGUACUGAGGCCCUAAUAUUGCAACGCAAAGGUGUAGAACGCGCAAUUGACACAGAAAUUGUGGAGCAAAAGAAAUACUCUCUUGAAUCACGUCGCCUCCAUCGUCAACUCAACAAUGCCACCGAGUGCAGAGACCAACUGACCAAAGAUUUGGCCCAAUUCCAGAAAUCUCUCAACUUGCAAAUGACCGAGUUCAAUACCAUCCACUUGAAGUCACAAGAAGUUAUGCAAGAAAUAAAACGACUUGAAUGGGACUUAUCAGAUCUGAAGCAAAUAUCCCGCACGUUGGAGGAAAAAAUCAAAGAGUUAACGGAAACACAAUCAACGUUACUGCAAUCAAAAGCAAGCAUUGAUGCCGAAACAAAUGAUCUAACGAUCUCCAUAAUGGAAGUGGAUCUAAGUCGCAUGGUAGAAGAUAAGAAGCGGUGUCUUGAGUCAACCAAUCAGGCAGUAAAAAAAGGGGCCGUAAUGCGAAAACUAGUAAGACAAGGAGAGAAGAAAAUUAAACACCUUGAGGAGGCAAUAGAGUACCUUGAAGGGACAGCAAAAGUACAAGCAGCAGACCUGGAGUUGAUGAAAAGGACGGCUUCUAAAAGGGAUGUGAAAGAAAGCAAAAGACUGAGGACACAAAUUUCACAGAUGACGGAGGCCCUUCUUGCUCAAAACGACUUCGCAGACCAUGAAAAAGAGGAAAUUCGAGGCGUAAUGAAGGAUACAACCAAGCUUCUGACUGAGAUGGACAAGCAAAGGCAAAAUAUGACAGACCUUCGCCGCCUAGUUGAUGCAAAGUCUUUUGAGGCCUCUCAGAAGAAGCGCUACCUUCGAAAGGCUCACUUACACUACACGCAAGUGAGAAGAGACAUUAAACUUCAGCAAUUCCAUCUCAACGAUUAUCGAAAGACUCUGGUUUCACUUCAGCGACAAGUGCAAAACUUAGGAAAGUUCUACAAAGCGAUAAGUGUUGAGAGAAAUGAAUUCCUCACCAUGAUUAACUUGGCCCAACAGAAGAAAUUGAUGAUUGAGGAAAAGUGCUACUUCUACACUAAUGAAAUGACAAUUCUCCAAUCAAGUCUGUCAAAUAAACAAGAUCAAAUGGACGAGAUCAGAAAACGCAUGGAAGGUAUUAGAAAAGAACGAAUUGGGAUUCGGAGCGAGCUAUCGAAACAGACUCAGAUGAAUCAACAACUCGAAUCCCACAUAAGGAGGUUCAGCACAAACCUACAGCGAUUGAAUCGAGACUUAGUCGAUGAAAAAGCACAGAUCGGUCGACUCCAAAGCGAAUGCAAAGCAGCUGUCCAAAAACGCAAUGGUGUCAAGCACCAGUUGGAGGAUAUCCAAUUGAAAGUGGGGCGAAACAAAGAAAACCUCGAAGAGCUACAAAAGAAGAGCAAAAAAGCACGGGAUGCCCUAUCAGCAAAGAAUCGUGAACUUGCACUACUUCUCCAUACAAGUCAGGCUGAAGAAAGGACAGUGGAGGUUAUCCGAUCGAGGGUGACAGAGAAUGAGGUUGUGGAGAGGGAGUUAAGCAACAUUAACCAUCAGAUUUCAGCGGCUCGGGAAAAACUGCUUCACCUGGAAGACCUAGCUGAUAAUCCCACAGGUGGAAACUCCACCAAUCGUUUGCGCUUCCUCAAAGGCACCGACCCAAGUCUGAAACAGCUCUUAAAAGGAGAAAAGCACCUUAUCUCCGCUAUCGCCAAAAAGGAAACCGAACUUCGUGAAAGCAAUGAAAUCUUCACCACCGUGGAUGAUCUCGUCACACAACUGGAUGCCACGAUGAAGGAAAGGAGUGAAAGAACUCUAAAACUUGCGAAAGAUGUCAAUGCCAGCUACAGGAUUAAUCAUUUGAAAGAAACAGAGAUGAAGGCCGCCUGCGCCGAACUCAGAAUGAAAAUUCUUCACUCCAACGUGCUAAAACGCGACAUAGAGAAACUGAAGACUAAGAAGUCUGAGGAUUGUCAACUGUUAAAGCGAAGACGCAAAAGAGACCCGAUUCGCCUGCUUAAGGAUAAAUCCGAUUUAGCGUUCUACACCUCUGAGGUAAUAUCUCAACUAUCCAUUCACAGUAUCAAGAAGUUCGUUGCGGAAAAAAAUUAA